CUCGGCGUAGGGGGUCCCGGCGCCCUGACAGGCCCCGCAGGGGCGGCGGCCCGGCGGGGCGGGCGGCCCUGGCGCCGCGAGGGGCUCGGCUCGGGCCUCGGCUCGGGCAUGUGCCGCGGGAACCGUCUCGGCCCUGCGGCCGCGCGGCUCCCGGGCGCGAGCCGAGGCGAGCCGAACCCAGCGGCGAGCCGCCCGGGAGCCGCGGCGACGUCUUUGCUGCUGGCGCGGCCGAUCCCGGCUCCGUCGGGGUCGCUCCGCUUUCAGCCUGGUCUCGCCGACAGCUGCCCUCGCGUACCGUGAGUCUGUGGCUCUGGCGUGAGUUUGGUUUGCGAGCGGAGAGGCAGGACGCGCGUGUCUUAGCCUUUCGUUAGUGUGAAGGUGGUAGGGUGCAACUGGCGCGGUCGGCUUGGCUGGCUGAAGUGCUUUGAGGCCCCAGUACGUUUCAGUGUUGUCCCCAGAAGUUGGUGGACCUUUCAGUUGUUGCUGUUCUGUUUGAGGAACUGGAAGUUCUAGAUAAGACUUAGUCUUCGUGAAGGCCCUUCAAAUGCUGUGCAGGUGCACAGGGCAUACGCAAUUAGUUUUAUUUAAAAAUAAGUCAGUGGUGAAGGUACACUUGGAAUAAAUCUGAACUGCCUCAUAAAAGCUGAUGUGGGAGUUCCCAGUCACCGGCGGGAAAAAAAUGGAAGUGGUUUAGCAUGUAACAUAAGACACAAAUAGAAAAAACAUCUGCUAGUAUGUUGUGAUACAUUGGACAUGCUUCCUGCAUCAGAAGUCAAUGGAUGAUGUUGAGAUCUGUUUGUCCAAUUGGAAAAGCAGAUUCCAUUUUACAUCAGUAGAAAUGGACAGCAGCAGUUUCAUUCAGUUUGAUGUGCCUGAGUACAGCAACACUGUUCUGAGCCAGUUAAACGAACUCCGCUUGCAAGGAAAGCUCUGUGACAUAAUUGUGCAUAUUCAGGGUCAGCCAUUUCGAGCCCAUAAAGCUGUCUUAGCUGCCAGUUCUCCAUAUUUCCGUGACCAUUCAGCAUUAAGCACCAUGAGUGGCUUAUCUAUAUCAGUUAUUAAAAAUCCUAAUGUUUUUGAACAAUUGCUUUCAUUUUGUUACACUGGAAGGAUGUCCUUACAACUGAAGGAUGUUGUUAGUUUUCUAACUGCAGCUAGCUUUCUACAGAUGCAGUGCGUCAUUGAUAAAUGCACACAGAUACUGGAGAGUAUUCAUUCAAAGAUCAGUGUUGGUGAUGUUGACUCUGUCACUGUUGGUGCUGAAGAAAAUUCAGAAAAUCGCAAUGGAGUUAAAGAUGGCAGCUAUUUUGCCAACCCCAUUGAAAUAUCUCCCCCCUACUGCUCUCAGGUGCGACAGUCAACAGCAAGCAGCGAUCUUAGGAUGGAAACUACUCCAGGCAAAACUCUGCGUAGUCGACUGCAAGAAGAAGGGCAUUCAGAUCGAGGAAGCAGCGGGAGUAUUUCUGAAUAUGAGAUUCAGAUUGAAGGUGAUCAUGAGCAAGGAGACCUGAUAGUAAGGGAGAGUCAGAUUGCAGAGGUGAAAGUUAAAAUGGAGAAGUCUGACAGGCCAAGUUGCUCUGAUAGCUCUUCCCUUGGUGAUGAUGGAUAUCAUACUGAAAUGGUGGAUGGAGAGCAAGUGGUAGCAGUAAACGUUGGCUCCUAUGGGUCUGUCUUACAACACGUUUAUUCAUUUACCCAUGCCUCAUCACAGGCUGCAGGUGUGUCUGAAACUUUUGGAAGCCUGAGCAAUUCAAGUCCCUCAAGGUCAAUGCUGAGCUGUUUCAGAGGGGGUCGUGCACGCCAAAAACGGGUAUCCGCUGGUCAUUUACAUAGUGAUGUUCAGGGCUUGGUGCAAGGGGCUGACAGUGAUUCUAUGGUGAGUAACACAGGAUAUGAAAAUAGUCCACGGGAAAGAAAUACAAGAGGUCAUUGGUACCCAUACAAUGAGAGGCUGAUUUGUAUUUACUGUGGGAAGUCUUUCAACCAGAAAGGGAGCCUCGAUCGGCACAUGCGAUUGCACAUGGGAAUAACUCCUUUUGUGUGCAAAUUUUGUGGAAAGAAAUAUACCCGCAAGGACCAACUUGAGUAUCAUAUUCGCGGUCAUACAGAUGAUAAGCCCUUUCGCUGUGAGGUCUGUGGAAAAUGUUUUCCUUUCCAGGGUACACUAAACCAGCAUUUGCGAAAGAAUCACCCUGGAGUAACAGAAGUAAGAAACAGGGUAGAGUCUCCUGACAGAACAGAAGCUUUUGUGGAACAGAAAAUAGAUAAUGAUGCUUCGGUUUCUGAAGCUAUGGAUUCUAGUAUGGAAAUUCAUGCAAUGUCUAGCACAUCUGAUUAAAAUAUUACAUUCUAAGUGCAACACAAACAAGCACAUUAAUAAUGUAUUUUUUAAAUCUUUUAUUCUUUUAGUAAUCUUCAUUACAAGUAUAACAGCCUUUUAAUUUUCCUGAUCUUCUGGAUAUCAGUGUGAAAUGGUUUCUGGAAAAGACUACAAAAGUAUUAUUUGCUUCUGUAGGAGGUUGGGCUGUUUUUUUGUUUGUUUGUUUUUCCACUUUUGAAGAUGCUCAAAAUAUAAAAAACAGUGUGCUGGGGAAUGGAUGGGGAGAGUCUGCUAAGGUGUCCCUACUGGUUGAUCUGGUAAGACACAAAUUCCAAUGGAGAAAGAUAUUAAAAUAAGGUUGGCAGCUCUGCUGGAUACACCUAGAAGCUGUCUCCCUUAUUUUAUUUCUUAAAUCCUGUUGCUGAUAAAGAGGGUUACACAGCAGUGGGGAGAGAAUAUUAUAUAUUUGAUUCCUUUCAUGUGUUCCAAUGAAUUGUGCUUGUUUUUCCAACUGUUUUUGGUAGUUAGUCUGUUUAUAUAUAUAAAUUUGCUUUAUAUAUAUAUAUGAAAUGCUUUCACAUUCACUUCAACCAGAAUAGUGAAAGUAAAAGUAUGUCAAGGUUUAUACCACGUACCAUUCUUUCAACUAUUAGGUCUCCUCUCUGCCUAGGAUUUAGGACUUCAGACUUUGGGAGGAUGCUUUUGUUUUUGGAUUGCUUUUCAUCUUAUUAAACUAUUACUUUGUGUGUAAAAGUGAGCAAAGUGAAUUACCUUGUUUUAAUUGCUUUGCUUUAUAACAUUUGUAAACCAAAUGCCAUAAAUCUAUUAAAUUAUGGUUAAGUUGUUAAGGGGUUUUGUUAGUUGUCUAGAAUGUAAACUGGACAACUUGUGGUGCUGACCUUUUUAUAUAUAUAGAGAUAGAUAUAUAUCUAUAUAUAUAUUAAAAAAAAAAAAAGGAAAACUAAUAGCAAACCCAGAAGUAGCAUUGUGGUUUUAAAUGUGUUUUUACUGGCUUCAGAAUCUACCUUCAUUUCGUACUGUAGAAGUAUACCAGGUAACUAAAUUUAACUUUAUCACUCUUCACGGUUGGUUGAUACUAGCCUGAGAGGUAUCUUGUAGUUUGAACUACAGUGUUUCAAAGCAGUGUUCUAACAGGUCUCUUCACAGAGAACUGUUUUCAGGUGCACAUUGACUUCCUACUUACAGCUCCAAGUGAUAGUGUCAGCACUUGGAAUUUGUACUUUUUUGUAUUAAAAAAAAAAAAAACAAAAAACAAAACACAAAUACUCUAUGGGAACUUCAAGCAAUAUGUCUGUUAUUUCAUGUGCAAGUAUUACAGAGUUGCUGUGGCUUCCCUGUUAUCUCCAGUGGUUGUUUUCUAUAUAAAGGAACUACCAACAACUUUAAAAAUACUCUAAAUAUUGUUGUUUCACCAAAUGUUUUUUUUUACUAUGGUGCUAACUUCAUCAUUUAGGUCAGUAUAAUAUAUUAAAAUGUGAAACCUAAUGGUAACAGUUAAGCAAAAUAGAAAAAAUAAAUUUAAAAAAAAAAAAAAAAAAAAAAAAAAAAACAAGCAAAUAGUUUCAGACCUCAAAAACAUGAGCUGGCAAACACUACUGUGUAAAUUCUACCUGAUAAGCAAAAUUAAAUUAAAUCACAUGCAUCUUUAAAAUACAUGCUUUAUAUAAUUGGGCCUUAUGCUUUAUUUAGCAAAUAUUGAAAAUCCAUCUGUGAACAUGUUGUCUGAGUCCUGGAAUUUAGAAAAUAUAGUCUCAUUUUUAAGUUACAGGAAAGCAAAAAGAUAGGUUUGCUAUCUUGUAAUGCUUUUUGGGCUCCUGUGAAGUUGGGGCAUAUUUGUGUAGUAGCUUUAUUGAAUACACUAGUUCUUAAUAUUGUGACAGUCUGCAAUAAGAUUUUUAUUAAAUACCAACUUACAGUAUAAACCCACCAGCUCCUCUGGAGCAGCUUCAGUUGAAUUGAGUACAUAAUUUGCCUCUUUGUCCUAAAACUGCCUAAAUAAAGAGGUGCAGGGAGGUGAGAUGAUGUUUCUCUCCUUGAACCUACAGAACUGUUAUUUUCAGUAAGGGAAAUUGUAUGUCUGUUUCUAUGGGAGGUAGUCUGUAUGUUUACCCACUUAAAAACAGGUUGGUGUUUCUGAUACUGUUUUUUCUCAUGUUUGCUUUAAGUAAUUAAGUUUUUAAAAAAUGUGUUUUGACAAAUUAAGUUUGAGACAUGUAAAAUCCAAGAAAUGUACAGUUAUUCUUAACCCUUUAUCUUGGACCUGUGCUGUGGUGCCUUUGGUGUGACUUUUUUAUGGAAGUGUGAGUUGAAGAUAGCAGGAUAUGGGUACUAAUUUUAUAUUUCUUGAAUUUCUGUGUCACAAUCUUAACAUUAUUUAAAUCUUGUUCUUUGUAUUUGUAAAUUUAUUGAACUGGUUUGAGUUUACCAAAGAGUGACUUAUCCAAAAUUGUCUCUGACAAAAGAAAAAAAAAAGAAAAAUCACACAAAAACAACAACAAAAAUUACUUUGAUUGUACAGGUUCAGGUUCAGAACAUUGUAACAGGACUGUUAAGGGGCAGGAAGUGAUCACUUUUUCUACAAAACCAUGAUUCAUCAGUUUGCAAGUUUUACUUGCUCCUAUUCAUGUUGAUAUGCCAUUUACCUUUUCCACUGCUAGCAGUGUUAAGAAUUAUCAAGCCAUAACACAGUACUGUAAAGUUCAGCAGUGCUUCAAAGGAUACGUAAAACAUCAUUUACACUUUCAAAGUGUGUGACUCUGGUAGAAAGCGAACUUCAAACCUGGCAACAGCAAAUAAAUUGUGCCUUGUCGCAUAGUGGUAUGCCAGGUUUAACAUUGUCAUGACACAUGAAGCAUUAUCUAACUGAAGUUCAUUUCACAAGUCCACCAAAACAGAGUAUGGUGUGUUAUUUUAAGCAGAUUAUGGAAGUACUGUACAGCAUCUUGUUUCUGUACAGUUUUAAGUUAGCACAGAAUUGUUACACAUUUCAUUUACAAUAAAUGCAGAAGUCAAUAAAAUAUGUGAAAAAUAUUUGACAGCAAAAUAAAUCAUGAAAUUAUAUAGGCUGGUUCAUAAUUGAGUCUCUUAAUCUACCUUUUUAUUAUAGACAAAUGUGAAAGCAGUGACAGUGUCCUUUUCUCUAGAUGUUUAACCAAUUAUGACAAACUGUGAAAAUAAAGGAUUUUAUAUCUUUGCUAAUGUUUGUGGUUUUAAACAGUUAGUUUACUUAAUCAGUUAUAUUCCGUAUUAUUUUUAAACCUGUAAAUACAAUUAGAAAAUAGCUUUGUAAAUACAGUAUAUUAGCAGUUCAGUUUGGUCAAUAAUUCUUCAGGAUUGGCUCUGCUUUUUUUAGUGUGAACUCUUUCAAUAGCAUAAAGGAUACUGUCGAUUUACUGUUCAGCAGAAUAUAAUGUAGGCCUAAAUUGAUAGUUUUUAAUGCAGUCUUCCCAAGCAUAAAUUAACAUUUUAUGCUGAAGCCUUUGGUUUACUCUUAGAUAAAACAGUGAGGCCUCAUAAUAUAUUUAGUCUGAACUUUAGGAAGAACAGCAGGAAUAAAAUCAAGGGCUGGGAAAAGAUUGAAUGAGCUUUACCUUUAAAAAUAUCUUCUUUGACUUUUUGUAUUAGUUGACUGUGAUUCUUUUAUUGACAUUUUUCUAAACAGGUUUCAGAUGAAACCAUUGAAAGGGACUCAAAUAUGCAACACCUAAUCUAUUUUCCAAGGGAGUUUUACCCUUGAAUGGUGCUUUUUGACUGGUCAGGGUUAUUUAUUAAAUUUUAUAUUUGAAAGUAUUUGGGGAAUUGUGUAAAUUCUUUAUAUGAAUCUGUUUAGUUCAUUAAUUGUAAAUUUCAUAAUACUCAGUGAUUGAAACAGAAGUUUAGUAAAGUCAUUCAAAAUGUUCAAAGUUUAUAAUCUGUAUUUUACAUAUCUUUUAACAAGUGCCAGAAUAGUUGUAUUUAAUAUUUUAGAUUUAAUGCUCCUUGCACAUCCCUGUGGCAGCAUUACGUUAGUUAUGCAAGUUUACAUUAAAAAACAAACAAACAAAAAAAAACAACCCUGGGACAUGUUCCUGUAUUUAUUUCUUCAGGGGAUGUGAAGCUAAUUAUCAGUAACUGAGCAGGUUUGCUUCUAGUUUACCUAAGUAACUCCUGCUAUAGCAAAUAAAACUAACUGCUGUCUCUCCAAUUUACAUAUGCUAUGAAUGCAGCCUUUGGACUUGUAUUGCAAGCCUCUGGUUGUAUAUCUGAUUAGAGGUAGAGCUCUUGCACGAUUUAAAGUGUGUGUUUCUGACUGAAAAUUUGUAUUUUUAAAUAACUUUUAUUUGUAUGGUUGUUUAUCAUGAUAAAUAUUUGAACAGUUUGAAUGACUUGACGUGGUGUUAUUAUCUUGCAAUAUAAACCGGUAACCUCACAACUCCACACUUCAUAACCAUAUGAAGUAAAUGAAGCUAGCUAAGCUGAUGCUGUAACAAUUAACUUGCCAUUAAGGAUUAUUUUGUAGCAUGAAUUUUAAAAUAUUUAUUCAAAUGAUAUUUUACUCUUGUAUUCACUUUGUUUUUAGAUUUGUGACAUGAAUAUUUCAGUGCUGCUUUAUUUUGUUCUGAUGAAUUUGUUUCUUGCUUGUAAAUUGCUUUUUUUAUGGUAUAAAGUCAAUGGGAAUUGCUGUUUGUAAAUUAAAAUGCUUCUAGAGCAAA